AAGGCACAGCUGCGUGGGGGCAGAGAGAGUGAGAGAAAGAUAGAGGAAGUGUUGCACUCUGACAGACAGUCAAGAUCAGUCUGAAACAUUAUUAUAGGUAACCCACAGCUCUCUGACCCACAAUGUGAUGCUAAAUAUGCAGUGAGAGAACAGAGAUCAUCAUUAACCAUGGCACACAGCGUGAGCUUCAGUGUCAACAUUUCUCAGAUGGACUCAGACUAUGAGAACAUUGGAGAAGGUGAACUGGUUCAUGACUCAGUUGCCAGCACCCGGAGGUGUCCUGAAACCAUCCAGAUGGCCGUUAUAAGGAAAGCCUCUUGGUCAACAUCAAGCAGUGAUACAAGCGAUGAGACAGUUGACAGGGAGCAGAGGACGUCUCUGCAAAGACACUGCUGGUCAGCUGCUACCCUAAAAGUCCUCUCAUCGAUGCCCAGUCGCACCACUGGGCAUAAUGGUGCUGCAGUUAUUUCCCAGCAUGACAAACACUUGUCACAGCAACAUAGACACCAGACUGGCAUUCAGGACUCUCCUCAACCCUCCAGAAUAAUCCAGGAUGACUUUGCCCCAGCAGAUAUUGAGGAAAUCAGUACUGAAGAAAACAAAGUGGAGCAGUUGGCGUCCCAUCUCCGAGGCCUCUCAGUAAGUGAGGGCAUAUGCAAGCUGCGAGCUAUGCCGCAUAGCCUGGUGGAUAAGAUGAAAAUCAGGCGGAUUGCUUUCAGGGAUGUCGCUGAAAGUUCCCUCAUCAGCAGAAAUAUUCCGUGCUACAGUCGCCUGAGUGUGUACAUUUCCAGGACUUGGCGUAACUGCCUGUUCAGCUGCCUCCCCAUCCUCGCUUCCCUCCAGUUGUGGCAUUCCCCCAUGAAGACGCUGAGUGGACGUUUUGGUACCGGCGUGCUCUCCUACUUUCUCUUUCUCCGGACCCUUCUGCAAUUCAAUCUCCUCCUCUUCGUCAUCAAUGGUCUGUUCCUGGUCUUCCCUCAAGCGGUCCACCCUCCUAGUCCUCCACUUAAUGACUCUCAGGGUGACUCUUUCACCGGUCUUGAACUUCUAACAGGCACGGGUUACCUCUCCCAAAGCUUAAUGUUUUAUGGCUACUACACCAACACCAUCUUCCACACUUGUCCAGCUGCUGACCAGACCCACAGAUCCACUGUUGCAUCACCUCAUCAGCCAGUCUGUGAUAGAAAUAAGCCCCAGAUAGUGUCAUACAGCAUACCUGCAGCCUACUUCUUCACCAUCCUCAUCGCCUUCUUCAUUAUCUGCAUUAUCCUGGUGUACAGCAUGUCCAAGUCCUUCGGGAGGAGUUUUCAAGUCCUUAAGUCGAAUGGGAAUCUGGCCGUGAAAGUUUUCUGCUCCUGGGAUUUUAAAGUCAGCAAGAAGACGUCUGUGAGACUGCAGUCUGAGAAAAUCAGCACUCAGCUCAAAGAGCUGUUGUCUGAGUUGAUCAGCGGGGAACCUACAAAGAGCUGCAUGCAACGCCUCUGCCACCUCAUAGUGCAUCUGGUAGCAUGGUCUAUAUGUCUGGCCAGCAUCCUCCUGGGCACCUCAGCAGUCCACUUCCUAUCAGAGAGGGACAUCAAACGGAGUACUUUCAAAGAAACUGAGCUGAUAGUCCUGUCUUCAGUGGUGUCUGGCAUUAACCUGCUGCUCCCUGGCCUCUUUAACCUCUGUGCAUGGAUAGAAAAGCACGACUCACCCAGCGUUAGAGUCUAUGUCUCCAUCUUCAGGAACCUGUUGCUGAAGGUCAGCAUUGUUGCAGUGUUGUGUUUCCGCUGGUUGGGCAGAAUUGCUGUAGAACCAGAAAGUCAUGGUCUACAGUGUUGGGAAAGCUUUGUUGGGCAAGAGCUGUAUCGCCUGCUCCUGAUGGACUUCAUCGUCACUGUGCUUUACACUUUUUUAGGAGAAUUCCUGUGGAGGCUCUUUUUCAAACAGGUGCUUAAAAGGAACAGGAAGCCUGUGUUUGACAUUGCUCGUAAUGUGCUGGAACUCAUAUAUGGACAGACUCUUACUUGGCUUGGCGUGCUGUUUGCUCCGCUCCUUCCAGCAGUCCAGAUUGUAAAACUGUUUGUACUAUUUUACAUGAAAAAGAGUAGCCUACUACUCAACUGUCAGGCCUCCAAGAAGCCCUGGAGGGCCAGCCAGAUGACAACUCUGUUCAUCUUUCUUUUGUGCUUCCCCUCAUUUCUCGGUGCUGCCGUGUCUGUCACUUAUGCAAUUUGGACGACUAAACCCUCUUCAGGGUGCGGCCCUUUCAGGAACCUUACCACCAUGUUUGAGUCGGGGCAGAUGUGGGCUCAGGAGCUGAAAGACUCUCACCCCAUCCUGGCCUGGCUUAGCUGGGCUUACAACACUCUGCUGGAGAAUCCACUGGUCUUGUUCCUCGCCACCGGAGUAUUUCUAAUGGUGAUAUACUUUCAAGCUCAAGUUGUUGACGGCCAGAAGAGAAUCAUAAGUCAGUUGGAAAAGCAAAUUGAAAACGAGGGUAAAGACAAAAAGUUCCUCAUCACCAAAUUGCAAGACCUUCAUGAAUGAAGUGGUCUGGUUUCCCCUCCCAGUUUGUGGCUGAACAACAUUCACAACAUACUGGAGCAGUUUGGAGAGAUUAUCUUGUCAGUGAAAAGCAUCUUCUCUUUGAUAUUCUACGCUUGAAUUUCACCUCUAUCAGAGAUGUCACUUAAAAGCAGCUGUAAAAAUACAGUGAGUGUGUUGUGUUAUUUUGUAUAGUUAAUCUGCCUGUCAAUUUAAAACACAUUCUAUAAUUUUGGAGAGUCCUUGAUUUACUGGAUGAACACAAAACAAAGUCAGCAUAUAUCAUCUUGUUUCUACUAGUAUUUAUUUCUACACAGAGCUCCGUUGUCUAUGAUGCAAAUGUCCAAGUGUUUUUAUGAAAAAGUUCAACAUUUAUUAUCUUGAAUGUAUCUAAUGAAAAGUCAAAAUAAAUAUGUUACAGAUUGUUUGCUGUUGGAA